UUUUCCCUAUAAAACGUGAGUAGGUGCUCAGCCUGAGUUCUGUGGCAACCUUUUAAUCAAAGAACUCGAGAUAUAGUUACUUCCAUUUACUACCGGACUACAAGAUCAAAUGGCUUACAGUGUCUAUGUGCUGGUCGCGGUCACUCUACUGGCUACAGCAGAGGCAGUGACCAAACGUGGAGCCCAGUGUAUCGUCAGCGGGAAGACGUACAAAGAUGGCGACCUAGUCAACUUGCCUGCUGGGAAGUGCAUCAAAUACAAAUGUAAAGACGGAGCUCUGGUCACUAAAGAGGAAGGCUGUGAGUUCAAAGGUCGCUGCUACAAAGUGGGGUCAAAGUUUGAUGUCGACUGUACGACCUACAGCUGCACCAAGUCCAAGAAAGGGGACCUCACCUACUACUCAGUCGAUGUGGAUUCUAUCCGCUGUAUCGACAGCUCCAACAAAUGCCGCAGGGACGGAGAAGUUUUUCCCUCGACCAUCAAUGGCAAGCUGUACAGCAAGUGCAAGUGUACGGUCAAAGGUCAACUGGCCAGCACAAGCUGCUCAAACUGACCUGUCACGUGAUGUGGUGGUCUCGACCAAUUCAAGUCACGAUCGUGACAACUUGAAAUAAAAGUCAGCUUCAUUCACCAA